GAGCACCACUGUGUAAGGAAGUCAAACCUUUUGUGUUGAGGCACUUCAGUUUGUGUUUUGAUAUUUUAUCUGGAUAAAACCAUGGGGCUUGUUCUUCGUGUGGUUCUGCUAUGGCUGCUAGUUAUUGGAGAGCUUCAGGCAAGUAUUACAUUUCAGACAAAAGUUCCCUAUCAUGGCUAUUUACGCAGAAGCUCGUACACCGCCAGCAUGGCCCGGCCCCAUUUUGGGGAUCCAGUCCCAGCAGCCCGGCUACCCGCCCCGUCCUGAGGCCCAGCAGCCCGGCUACCCGCCCCGUCCUCAGGCCCAGCAGCCCGCCUACCUGCCACGUCCUCAGGCCCAGCAGCCCGGCUUCCCGUCCCGUCCUCAGUCCCAGCAGCCCAGCAACUCACCGCAGCCCCGUACUCAGUCCCAGCAUCCCGGCUUCCUGCCCCGUCCUCAGUCCCAGCAGCCCGCCUACCAGCCCCAACCUCAGUCCCAGCAGCCCGCCUACAAGCCCCGUCCUCAAGCCCAGCAGCCCGCCCACCAGCCCCGUCCUCAGGCCCAGCAGCCCGCCUACCAGCCCCAUCCUCAGUCCCAGCAGCCCGGCUUCCCGUCCCGUCCUCAGUCCCAGCAGCCCAGCAACUCACCGCAGCCCCGUACUCAGUCGCAGCAGCCCGGCUUCCCGUCCCGUCCUCAGUACCAGCAGCCCAGCAACUCACCGCAGCCCCGUACUCAGUCCCAGCAGCCCGGCUUCCCGUCCCGUCCCCAGGCCCAGCAUCCCAGCAACUCACAGCAGUCCCGUACUCAGUCCCAGCAGCCCGCCUACAAGCCCCGUCCUCAGGCCGAGCAGCCCGGCUUCCAGGCCAAGCCCCGUCCUCAGGCCCAGCAGCCCGCCUACCAGCCCCGUCCUCAGUCCCAGCAGCCCGGCUUCCCAUCCCGUCCUCAGUCGCAGCAGCCCAGCAACUCACCGCAGCCCCGUACUCAGUCGCAGCAGCCCGGCUUCCCGUCCCGUCCUCAGUACCAGCAGCCCAGCAACUCACCGCAGCCCCGUACUCAGGCCCAGCAUCCUGGCUUCCUGCACCGUACUCAGUCCCAGCAGCCCGGCUUCCCAUCCCGUCCUCAGUACCAGCAGCCCGGCUUCCCGUCCCGUCCUCGGUACCAGCAGUCCGGCUUCCCGUCCCGUCCUCAGUACCAGCAGCCCGGCUUCCCGUCCCGUCCUCGGUACCAGCAGCCCAACAACUCACCGCAGCCCCGUACUCAGUCCCAGCAACCCGGCUUCCCGUCCCGUCCCCAGGCCCAGCAUCCCGGCUUCCCGUCCCGUCCUCAGUCCCAGCAGCCCAGAAACUCACCGCAGCCUCGUCCCCAGGCCCAGCAGCGGGUGUACCAGGCCAAGCUCCGUCCCCAGGCCCAGCAGCCAGUGUACCAAGCCAACCCCCGUCCUCAGCCCCAGCAGCCGGGCUUCCAGGCCAAGCCCCGCGCCCAAGCCCAGCCAGCCGGCUACCAGGCCAAGCCCAGGCCCCAGGCCCAGCAGCCAGUGCCCCAGCCAGCCAGCUACCAACCCAGUGGCAGUUUUGGCUCUCAACUUCCUGCCAAGACUGAAGCUGCACCAAGAGAGGUUGAACAGGAAUGGGACCCAUCUCGACUUGGAAACUAAAGGUGUUUUUGGCUGAAACUGAAGAUUUCUUGGAAGUGUUUCAACUAACUGGCCUUGAUAAACUAACUCUCACCUGCACAGUCUUUAAAGAAAUAAAUGCAUUUUACACUGAUGGAAA